AUGGAGGAGCCGUGCAGCCCGAUUGUCUCGGACGAAAUGACCCGUGCGGAUACCCUGUCGUUCAGCAUCAGCCGGAUCUUGAGUAAACCUUGCAUUAAGACCGGGAAAACUUUAUCCAUCACGAGGGACGCCCGCUGUGCCGUGGAUUCGGCGGUUCAUCCCCACCACCAGGUGUACUACGCCCGCUCCGCAUCCCCGUUAUCUUCGAACCCGUCGGUGUCUUCUUCGACUUCUUCGUCGGUGGGGCCGUUGCAGCAGAGCGUACCGGGGCUGAGCCCGUCCUCGACGGCACAUGAUGAGUUUGGGACGGUACUCCGUGUGCCGGCACAUCGGCCGAUGGCUUUACCGUUCAGCAGCAUGUUCCCGUGGAUGGAGAGUAGGCGGCUUAUCAUGAUUCUUGUUGAGAAAACCAAUGCUGAUUGGUGGAGCAUCCGUAAAUCAUCAGGUGAUGAAGGCUUCGUACCGGCUAAUUAUGUCAAGGAAACCCAACCAAGGAUUGUUAAGAAGAAAGUACAGAAACGAGUCAAGGUACCAGAGAAGGUGAAAGUGAAGAAGACAAAGACGAGACGAGAGAUGGUUCGGACUAAGAAAGUGAGGGGUAAAGGAGCGUCGUUGUCUAGAAGCUCAAGUUUAAGACGAAGUAACCACUUUGACAAGGAGAACAUUGAGUUAAGACAGCAAGGUAUUGAUGGCACGUACAAACGUCUUCAGAAACUGGCCGUAGCUCGGAGACGCUAUCUUGAAGAUGCCAUCAAGUUGUUCUCAUUUUACAGAGAAUGUGAUGAAUUUGAAGUAUGGAUCAAAGAGAAGGAAAAAAUCCUCAAGAAACGAGAGACGUUAUCUGAGCGAGUCGAGGCUUCAAGACGCAAGUUUGAGAAUCUCUUGACUGACCUUGUUGCGAAUCAAGGACGUAUUGACCGGAUCAAUAAGAUGGCAGAUGAGUUUGUACGGACUGGACACAGCAAGCAAGCUGAUGUAAGAAAGAGACAGAAAGAGAUUAAUGACCAGUGGGAGAGAUUGAUGAAACUUAAAGAGGAAAAGGAGAAGAUGCUCGAAGGAGCUUCAAGCAUUGAAUUGUACAACCAUUCUUGGGGUGAAUGCAAGGAGUGGAUAAUGGAUAAGUUCCAUGCCCUGUCUUCUUAUGAUCCUGGUAAAGACACACAGUCUGUGCAAGACCUUCAACGCAAACAUGAAAACCUACAGAGAGAAUUAGCACCAGUCCAGGAGAAACUCAGGAAACUUGGGCUGCUCGCAAAAGCGGUGAAAACCUCCUAUCCAAAUGAAGGUGAUCAUAUUGACCAACGACAGAACGAGAUCAGGGAAUUAUGGGAUACCUUAGAAGCUAAAGCAGCAGAGAGACGAGCCCAGUUGGAACAGAGUCGGGAUAUCAGUCGAUUCCAUCAUGAGACCAAGGAAUUGGUAAGUGUCUUCAAAUGUACAUCAGUAGCAGUAAAUUAUUACAUCAGUAAUCUGAGCACAGUUGGAACAGAGGGAUAUCAGUCGAUUCCAUCAUGA